GCAGAGACCUGUGCCACUGCAUCAACUUCUGAAAUCCCACCUACAAACGAAGUGGUGGCUGGCUACGAAGAAGAACCGGAGACGGUUGAGCCGUCCAAUGAGUUAGCCAACGCAGCUGCUGAAACUGCAAGCAAUUUACGCGCCGGUCAGGCAACUCGCGAGAUCUUCGAGCUUAGUCCGCUUGAAAGGAGAAUUCGUGAGAAUCGUCUGUUACAAUGA